UGGAUCUUAAACACAACAAGUGAUGACGUUUUGCACAACAACAAUAGAAAUGGAGAUUGACAAAGAGAGUCAUCCAAGGAAUGUUCCUCCAAGAACAGGGCAUGUCUGCGUGUAUUACAACAAAUACAUGAUGGUAUGGGGAGGUUAUGCGAAUCAGAAUAUCAGCAACCUUCAAGAAGCAUACUUGCCGCCUGCUGAUAUCUGGCUCUACAACACAGACGUGGGAUACUGGUUGAAGAAAGAGACAACAGGUCAGUGUCCCCCUGGAACGUCUGGUGCCUCUGCCUGUCUGUUUGACCAUUUUAUGUACCUGUUUGCUGGACACACAAGGGAUGGAAAUGUCAACACACUGUACAAACUGGACCUGCAUACACUGGAGUGGGGAAGUGUUGAAGCAGCACUUGACAGUGACCUGCCUAGCCCUCGGGAUAAGUGUGUCUGCUGGGUCCACCAAAACAGACUGCAUUUUUUUGGAGGAUUCUGUGUGCCACUGGACAACUAUCUGAAAGAAAAUGGUGAAUUUCAUGCAGAUAUUGUUGGGCUGCGGGGAUGGAAUAACCAGCUCCUGAUUUUCGAUCUUGAAACCAAGAUGUGGAGUAAUCCUCACUGUAAGGGUCAAGUUCCGUCUUCACGGGCUGCUCAUGCUACAGCUAAGGCUGGGAACCAGGUGUACCUGUUUGGUGGACGUCACAUAGCUGAGAGACUGAAUGACCUUCACUGUCUUAACCUUGACACACUGACAUGGACAGGGCCGUUGGUAGUUACUGGCAAUGUUCCACCAGGGCGGUCGUGGCACACCUUUACCCUUGUGUCUGAGAGACAAAUAUUCCUGUAUGGUGGAUUUGACCAAAUGAAUAAUUCUCUAAAUGAUGCCUGGAUACUGGACAUAGUUGUCUUAAAAUGGACAAAACUUGACCAUUACAUAGAAUACAAGCCUCACCUUUGGCACACAGCCUGCAGGACACUAGAGGGCCAGGUGGUGGUGUUUGGGGGAUGUACAAACAACAUUCUUAGUUUGGAGGAACCCACAGAACAUAGCAAUGAAUUACUGAUCUUCAGUCUCAACCCACUAUCUCUUCUCAGGAUGUGUCUGGAUACAGUGUACAAAUACAAAGCAUGGACAUACUCUGACUGGGCAUUUCUCCCAAAGUCGUUGGCCACCUGGCUACAGAUGAAAAAUGAUGUCAUGAUGCUAGACAAGAAGGAUAAUAUUGGGAAGGAAACUAGAGAUACAGGACAGUCUGUUGGCACCACAUGUAUUGUUGCUUAACCUUGGUGAACUAGGAAUACAGGACAAUCCGUUGGCACCUAGUGUAUUGUUGCUUAACCUUGGUGAACUAGGAAUACAGCACAGUUCAUUAUCACCACAUGAGUCGUUGCUUAACCUUGGUGAACUAGGAAUACAGCACAGUUCAUUAUCACCACAUGUAUCGUUGCUUAACUCUUUCCGUACCGUUCUCGUGUACACACGACAAUAAUAUGUCAUCCUGGUCCCCGUUGUCGUGUACAGACGACAAAAUAAAGGGCCGUCUCAUCACCGUUUUCGUGUACACACGACAAGAGACUUUGAUGUAACCUGCCUGAUGUUGAUGUAUAUAAUAGUUGUGUAUGUAAAUAUCUCCGUUUUAUCUUUAUCAUGUUUAUUACCAAAUAAUAUGUUUUACGGCACGGCCGUUAGUGAGGGCGGAGCCAGGUUGUACUGUAAAUGUAUCGGAAUAUCGGUACUGUACUCUUUCAAGCAUUGAGUGAUGUGUUGAAUUACUAAAUAAAACCUACAUGUAUAGCUAUACAGUGUAUAUUACAGUUAAGUUUCCUUUCUUGAUUUCUUUUUUUUCGCUGACAAGAUGGUUGAUAUCUUGAAGUUUUCCGCCUAGGCGUAUGAUGACAUGACAUUAACGUGAGAAUGCGAAAGGUUCAUUAGACUCUAUAUAAAUAUUUUAAUUUGCACCUCUUAAAUUGAAUCCAUUGCAAAAAUCAAGUGCAGCAUAUUCUACAAAGACAUUGAAAUAAAAAAUAUUAGGAUGGAUAUUGUUUAUCAUGUAUAAAAGCAUAGUUAUCUGAUAUCCACGAAAAGAUAUACAUAUAUAUAUAUAUGGGGCAAAGAAGUAAUUCCAACGGCAGUGAAACGGAACAGUUACAUGUACAUAUACAUCGUAUUACAAGAAGAUAGAACUGAUAUACUGUAAUUGAAAAUAUAGCUA